AUGGGGGAUGCCAGCACGGGACCUAACAUCUCCCCUCCUGACAGCACCGCGCAGCAGGACUCUCUCUUCAGCAUGACAGACGUGUUCCUCAUCUCCCUCAUCACCGGGCUGCUCACCUACUGGCUGUUCUUCCGCAAGAAAAAGGAGGAAGUCCCAGAGCUGCCCAAGAUACAGACAGUAGCAGCUCCAGUGAGAGACAGCAGCUUCGUUGAGAAGAUGAAGAAGACGGGGCGGAACAUAGUGGUUUUCUAUGGUUCCCAGACGGGUACAGCAGAGGAGUUUGCCAAUCGUCUCUCCAAAGAUGCUCAUCGCUACGGCCUCCGGGGCAUGGCAGCAGAUCCAGAGGAGUAUGACUUGUCGGACCUGAGUCGCCUCUCUGAGAUCGACAAGUCUUUAGCUGUGUUCUGCAUGGCCACGUAUGGGGAGGGGGACCCCACAGACAAUGCCCAGGACUUCUACGACUGGCUGCAGGAGGCUGAUGCUGACUUGUCCGGUCUCCGGUUUGCAGUCUUUGGGCUGGGGAACAAGACUUAUGAGCACUUCAAUGCGAUGGGGAAGUAUGUGGAUAAGAGACUGGAAGAGCUUGGAGCCCAACGUAUCUUCGAACUUGGGCUGGGAGAUGAUGAUGGCAACCUGGAAGAAGACUUCAUCACCUGGAGAGAGCAGUUCUGGCCAGCGGUGUGCGAGCACUUUGGCGUGGAGGCUACGGGAGAAGAGUCCAGCAUCCGGCAGUAUGAGCUGGUGGUGCACACUGAUGUGAACAUGAACAAGGUCUACACUGGGGAGAUGGGUCGUCUCAAGAGCUAUGAAAACCAGAAGCCGCCGUUUGAUGCCAAGAACCCCUUCCUGGCCCAGGUGACGGAGAACCGCAAGCUGAACGAGGGUGGAGAGCGGCACCUCAUGCACCUGGAGCUGGACAUCUCCAAUUCCAAAAUCAGGUAUGAAUCCGGGGACCAUGUGGCUGUGUACCCAGCCAACGACUCCUCUCUGGUGAAUCAGAUUGGUGAGAUCCUGGGCACGAAUCUGGACACGAUCAUGUCCCUGAACAAUUUGGAUGAGGAAUCCAAUAAGAAGCAUCCCUUCCCCUGCCCCACGUCCUACCGCACAGCCCUCACGUACUACCUGGACAUCACCAACCCGCCCCGCACCAACGUGCUCUAUGAGCUGGCCCAGUACGCCUCGGACCCCAGCGAGCAGGAGCGCCUCCGCAAGAUGGCAUCAUCUGCUCCCGAGGGCAAGGCUCUCUACCUCAGCUGGGUGGUGGAAGCCCGGAGGAACAUCCUGGCCAUCCUGCAGGACAUGCCCUCGCUGUGCCCCCCCAUUGACCACUUGUGUGAGCUCCUGCCCCGCCUGCAAGCCCGCUACUACUCCAUCGCCUCCUCCUCCAAGGUCCACCCCAACUCCAUCCACAUCUGUGCCGUGACGGUGGAGUACGAGACCAAGACGGGACGUGUGAACAAAGGGGUGGCCACGAGCUGGCUCAGGGGCAAGGUGCCCGCCGAGGACGGGAGCAGCUCCCUGGUGCCCAUGUACGUGAGGAAGUCACAGUUCCGCCUCCCCUUCAAACCCAGCACACCCAUCAUCAUGAUCGGGCCAGGCACUGGCAUCGCCCCCUUCAUGGGCUUCAUUCAGGAGCGGGCCUGGCUCAAGCAGCAAGGCAAGGAGGUGGGUGAGCCGGUGCUGUACUAUUGCUGCCGCCGCGAGCGCGAGGACUACCUGUACCGCGAGGAGCUGGCCCGCUUCCAGCGGGAUGGAGUGCUCAGCCAGCUCCACGUCGCCUUCUCCAGGGACCAGGCUGAGAAGGUUUAUGUUCAGCACUUACUGAAGAAGAACAAGGAGAACAUCUGGAAGCUGAUUCAUGAGGGGAACGCUCAUAUCUACGUGUGUGGCGAUGCUCGCAACAUGGCCCGGGACGUGCAGAACACCUUCUACGAGAUCGUGGCUGAGUUUGGGAACAUGAGCCAGCCCCAGGCCAUGGACUAUGUAAAGAAACUGAUGACAAAGGGCCGGUAUUCCUUGGAUGUGUGGAGCUAA